GGGGAGAGGGUGAGUUAGGGGAGCAAUGGGCUGGAGUUGGGGUAGGCCUAUAGUAGCCUACCGGGGGUGGACUUCGGGAGAAGAAGUAGACGGUAGAAAACUUUUGUUCAUUUUCCGUUGCAAAUCGGUUUAGUUGCAUUUAAUGUGGUUCAUCAAACAACAAACAAUAGUGUCUUCCACUGUUGUCGCUGGCUGACAAAUAGACAAUUGAUGAGCGACCGUAUUUAACUUUUCGCUCUCCGGGGAAACUGCGCCGCGCUUCGAUAUGAAGAGUCUGGCGGAGCUGAUUGCCCAUUGUCUUCUCUGGGUUCAAAUUCCAGCUGCCUUUUUCAUCCCUGCCGUCCUGGCCCAGUCAGACGGCAGCAGUAGUGUGGUGGUGGCGGGCUACAACGUGAGCGCCCCUGCUGGUUCCAGGGUGGUACUGCAGUGUGUGAGUGGGAGGAUGGUGUGGACCAGGGACAGGCUGAGGGACAGGCAGAGGGUGGUCCACUGGGACCUGUAUCGAGCUGGGCCAGACUACGCCAUGGAGAGGGUGGCAGACAUGUUCUCAGCUGGAGACCAGCGCAUCUACAACUCCUACAACCAGGGCAGGGUCAGCCUCAGCCAAUCAGCUUUCAGCAACGGCAACUUCUCCUUGGUCAUCAGAGAUGUGGCGAUGACUGACAGGGGUUUGUACUCCUGUAAUCUGCAUCAUCACUACUGUCACCUGUAUGACACAGUCAGGAUACAACUCAACGUUACCAAGUCUCGUCGUAAGGAGCAGAGGUUCUGGGAUGGUCACAAGGCGGUCUAUGUAGUCCUGCUAGGCAGCACAGUGAUGCUGCCCUGUGUCAACAGAAAGAGCGUCUGGACGGAGGGGGGCAGUGAGGAGGAGCAGCAGGUGGUCCACUGGGACCGGCAGCCCCCGGGGGUGCGUCACGACCGCGCUGACCGCCUGGUGGACCUGUACGCCUCGGGGGAGCAGCGCAGCUACGGACCCCUCUUCCUCCAGAGGAAGAUGAACAUCAGCUCCUUGGCCUUCUCACAGGGAGACUUCUCUCUGGCUAUAUCUGAUCUACAGCCGUCAGACCAGGGGGUGUAUUCCUGCCACCUCCACCACCACUACUGUGGUCUUCACGAGAGACGAGAGUUUCAGCUGACUGUCGGACCAGCCCAGCCCCAGCCCCAGCCCCAGCCCCAGCCUCAGCCCCAGCCCCAGCCUCAGCCCCAGCCUCAGCCCCAGCCCACCCGACCACCCAGAGCACUGCCCAACGAAGAUAAAGACCCCAACAGAGUCAUCAAUGUCAUCCUGCCUGACCAGCGACAUCACUUCCUGCUGCCGCUGGGCUACGUCCUGACUACUCUCCUUCUCCUGGCCUUCGUCAUCCUCAUCAUCAUCCUCAUCAAUCGCCGACACACAAGCAGAGACAUGGAGUUUUAUCCACAGACAUCAGAAAGGUCCAACAGAAGUCCCAAAACCUCCAACGAGUUUGAGAUGGAGGUCUCUGAGGUGAAGACAACCAACCAGGAGGACACUAUCCUGGAGUACAAGAACAAUCUUCUGAAAGAGAAGGCCCAGAUAUCCACUCUCACUCUGCCUAAAGUCAUUGACCUGGACAAAGAGAUGGACAAGGUGAUGUGGAAGUGAGAGAGGGUGAGCCACUGGCUGGUCCAGGGGCAACAAUACCUACCACCUGACCUGCAGGAGACAAAGCCAGACAGGGGAUGCAAAGGAGGAGGAUUGAGGGAAGGAUUGAUGGAUGUGUUCAGACUUAUAGAGGGAAGCGGAGGCUUGACUGUGAGAAGAGAGAGAGAGUUGACAGUUUAAAACAUAAAGUCCCCCCCCUCUCUCUCUGCUGUGUAUUAGUUUAACUGCGACAGCAGUCCACUCUGAAAGUCCGGUAUUUUCCACGGUUUUAUAACAAAACAAACCAGUUCAUACCCACACAGGACUCAUAGACAACUGACAGUUGGUUCGGAACUGUCAAUCUAAAUGUAUUUUUUAUUGUUAAUAUCAUACAGUUAAACAUCAACAUUUCAUUAAUUGUUCAUAUUUUUGUCAUGAAAAGUACUUUUUCAAUUCAACCUUUAGGUGCAACUAUUUAUUAACAAGAUGACAAAUAGUCCACCAAAAUCUAAUUGAUACAGGGUAACAGUCCUCCAUCUAGUGGCUACUGAAAGCAUAGCCAUGACGAGGGCUAAAUUGUUGGUAGAAUUGGUUAAAAACAAAAAUAAAUGGUCGACCAAAGCACAUUGGGGUCUGGAUCCAAUCCUCAUUCUACUUUGAUACGUUUUAAAGUUUUGUACCAGUGUAUGCUGACAUUAUAAUUUUAAUUUUUGCUUAAAUUGACUGAAACCUCUUAGUCUGUUCUUGUUCUUUGAGACAUCUCACAUUUACCGUAACGUGCCUUUUGUGCUUCAUUUUUGUAUAUGUGUAUUAGCCACGUAUGAUUUGUAUCUAAUACACUUUCUACAAUAUUAAACUAAGUUGCCUGAUA